AUGUCAUCGUUCUCAAAUGUUACUGAAUUGCAUGCUACUUCUGCUGUAAAUGGUAUACUCUCCAAAAUUUUACCAGGUAUGAAAGAAAUUCAGCCAAAUAAGAAUAAAAAUCAAAUAAAUAAACAGAAAAAGGUCAAAGGAUCAAAAGCCCAAUUGAUUGAUCAUAAUCUUAAAAAAAUGAUAGCAUUACAACAAAGAGAUAUUUAUAAAAUUAAAAAAAAAGAAAAAUUACAGAAGAAAAAUUCUUUAAAGCAACGUCAAGCUGAUUACAAUAAAUUAGAGAAAAAUGCAAAAUUAAAAGUACUUGAAAAACAUAAAUUAGAUGGAAAAUUAACUGAAAGGGAAGCAGAAUAUUUAGAUAAAUUAACUAAGAAAUCAAUAAAGAAUGCUAAAUCCUGGGAUUUAGAUGAUGAAGAAAAAGAAGAAUCACUUGAAUUACAGGAAUACAUCUUAAAGAAUACAAUAACAAAUAAAAAUCAUUCCAGAAGUAAUAAGAGAAGACAGAAAGUUAAACAAUUUAAGGAAGACAUACAAGAAAGUAAUAAUGUAUCUGAUCAUAGGUACGCUGGUUUGACUCUUGGUCUUGCUCCUGUUGGAUUAAGCGAUGAAGAAGAAUCAUCGAGUGAAGAGGAACAAGAAAAUGAUGAUUGGUAG